AUGGACCGACGUCCACAGCGUUCGAUCGAGCAGAUCGAGGUGAUUGAACAUCGAAUAGUCGAGGAGGGUCGACGACCUGUCGGAACUGGAGGGGCGCUGCCACCAUACAGCGCCGUUCGUCGACCAUUGGAUGCUCAUGAGCAGAGGGAUAUCUCGUUAGAUCGAAGAUACGACGUCACCGGUGAACGGGAUGUGAGUCGAGACGCCUCAUUCAUACAUACCUCAGCAAAUUACGGACAGCAAAUAGAAGCAUCACCAAGUCGCUGUCAUCUUUUCGCCUCCGGACAAACACUGAACUCGUCCGGUAGCCGUUUGAACACCUCCGGACAGCGAGUUGAGUUCGCCGACAUUUCCGAAAGCACACCUAUCAAUAACUAUGGAUAUGAUAUACAUGAAAUACAUACAUCCGCUAUUUUAGAAGGCGGCGCUCGAGUAGUGGAGACACAUGGGAGCGGUCCGCUUCUGGAGACGUCCCGACUGGAGAGCACGCGGAUUGAGGAAAUCAUUGAAAGGCCGGCGACUCGAGCAAAUGGCUACAGAACAGAUACGGGUUAUAGUAAGAAUGAAGAUUUUUCCAGUAUUACGCCCGAAGCUUUGCGGGUCUCAUCGCAAAGUCAGGUGUUCACAGUACCAUCACCACCUAUGGUGAGAACGGAUUCAUGGCGACAAAUUCAAAGUGAUCAGGACGCUUUCGUGCGAAAAGACAGCUAUAGGAAAAUGCAACAAUCAGAUGAUUUGAUCGGCUCGACGGAGAACUCGAAAUCGUACGCGGUGAGUUUCUUACGCUUCGAGCAAUUUUUCAGUUGGAAUCUAUGGACAGCUCGCCUUCCUCUUGUUUUCAUCUGGAAAAAUCUCCAAGGAAUUGGAGAGCGGAUCACUUGUUUGUGCAUUUCAAUUCCGUUACUUCACGGUGUCGUGUUCAGAGAACGCGAUGCCAGUCCUCGACUUCUGGCCAGUCUAUGCUGCAUUCUGUUUUUGUUGCUUCUCCUUCUCAUCCUCAUAGGAAUCAUCUUAAACGCUAUAUUCAACACAUACUCGGUGAGCGAGUUCCUACUUUACCCACCGGUGUGCGAAGAGUGCCGUAGGAAGAAUCCGAACGUCCUCACUGUCGCCUUGCCGUCGUCACUAUUCAUCCACAUCUAUUCCUCCAGUCAAGCACAUUUCGAACUGCGUGGAAAUUUGCCUUUCAAGAGCAACUCCUUCACUGCCAUAGAUUUUGAAACGAUCCAAGCUCAUUUCGGAUGGCAGGAAUUCUGGCAGUUCGACGCCGAACCAAUUGAACCGGUUGCGGCGAAUUCGAAAUUUGCGGAUAGGAUUGCCGACUGCGUUGGAGUUAAAUGGUACUACCUGAAGCAGACCGUACACAGCCGUGACGCUGCCUGCUCCGACUGCUACGACUUUUGCUUACCAGAUUGGGCGGUAGUACGAAAAGAGAAGUACGAGGAUCAGAGCACGAUUGGAGUACGACGUCUUGAUUGCUUCCGUCUUUACGUGCCUGAAUGGAAGAACUUUAGAGUGGAGACGGACGCUAGCGGUGGUCAUUGGCAGUAUCCGUUAGCCAGUCAAAGCACAAAGAGGGAUAAGAGUGGCAAUUGGGUGUCUUGGGUGCCAACCGGGAACUCAGUGCAGAGUCGUAGACGACGAUAG